AAUCAUGGGUCUCUUCUUUUGUCCCUUCGGUGGGCUUGUUAGCUGCGUAAAGACAUUCCUUGGCGUCUCAUCCGCCGUGUCAUGCUGCGUUUUCACAUUAGGCAGUGGGCUUCAUAUGGCCUUCAAUGACGAGACAGAGGAUUCGGGGCUCUGGGAUGAGAAGUCUAAUCAGGGAAUACUUUGGUCGUAUGAUGAUGAGCCUUCGGUUUGAACCAUGCACCGUGUAUUUCUCCCGGCAGCCUUUGGUUCGUAGCCUCCGGUGCUGGCGUUUUCUACUGUACUCGAUUGCAUUUUCGACAUUUCGUAUUCUUUCAAGCCUGUUCU